ACUGAGUUAGUAAGGAAUGCAGAAGAUACCCUUCGCAGGUGCUACAGCCGCGUGAAGGAGCAUGGUGUGGGGAAGAGGAAAAGCAGCUACACCUUUGAGCAGCUGGAGCAGGUUUUUGGGCAAGGGGGAUGGGACUCCCAGCCCUGCCAGCCUGUCCUCAUCAACAGCAGUGGCUUGUACCAGGAGCUGGAGUCAGAUGGAAGCACAAUGGAGGAGUAUUCACAGGAGGACUGGGGAAACCACAGUCAGGAGCUUCACUGCUACCAGACCGGCGAGCAGGAAUUGGAUGAAAUGCCUCCCACAAAAAGGACAUUAAAGAUAAAGCAGGAAUCUUCAGAAGACACGCAGAAGCGUGAUGUCAUGCAGAACAUUAUGCAAAUCUUGGAGUCGGUCCAGUUGAAGUGGGAGCUGUUUCAGAGCUGGACGGACUUCUCCAGGCUCCACCUUUCUAACAAACUGGCCAUUUUUGGCAUUGGUUACAACACCCGUUGGAAGGAGGACAUCCGUUACCACUACGCAGAGAUCAGCUCCCAGGUUCCUCUGGGCAAACGGCUCCGGGAAUAUUUCAACUCGGAGAAACCCGAGGGUCGGGUCAUUAUGACCCGGGUGCAGAAAAUGAACUGGAAAAAUGUUUAUUACAAAUUCCUGGAGAUCACAAUCAGUGAAGCCAGGUGCCUGGAGCUGCACAUGGAGAUCGACUGGAUCCCCAUUGCUCACUCCAAACCCACCGGUGGGAACAUCGUCCAGUAUUUAUUACCAGGAGGGAUUCCCAAAAGUCCUGGUUUGUAUGCCAUCGGAUACGAGGAGUGCCACGAGAAACCCCCUUCUCCUCUGGCCGAGCACCGGGGGCCUGAGCCAGGCAAUGAGACUGCAGGGGAGCUGGACAUCCCUUCUCCACAAGCCUCCCUCCGGGUGGAUAUGGAAUCUGCCCGGAUUAUCUACUGUUACCUCGGCAUCGCCGAGGUCCGGACUCUUCAGCAGUGCCUGUUUUUACAUUUUCAGGCAAACACCAAAACCUUCAGCAAAGAUUGGGUGGGGAUCAACGACUUUUUAUCUCAGAACUGUGUCGUCGAGCCUGGUGUCUCCCCCAAAUCCAUCUACAUCAAAUUUGUGGAAGUGGAGAGGGAUUUUCUUUCUGCUGGCUCUUUGGUAGAGUGCCUGGAAAAAGCCAUCGGAUACCCCUUAAAAUUCAACAACUAAGUUUCGUCCUUCAUAAGGAUUCGGGCUUUCUGCCCCCGUUUUCCAUCUUGCUACCAGACGCUUUCAGAUCCAGCCC